AUGGAAGGUUCUUGGCCGGAAUCGGUCCGGUUCGUCGUGGCAGUGCUGCUGUUUCUUCUCGGGCUGUCGUGCUUUCCGUCCCGCUGGACUUCCGGUGCCCAGGUCGUGCCCGACGACAGCGAGUGUGAUGUGUUGGGUUGCGGUGGGCCGUACGAGUGCCAGGGUAAUGGGUGGCCCAACUUCCUGCCCCGGAGACCCGGCGGCCCGUAUAACAUCCCGUCGCAGAGCACGUUCCACGUCGGAACGGGUCCGACACGGCCACCGGCCGAGUGUUUGCUCGGCACCGCCAAGAACUACUUGCCCUGGCUGGCGGAGGAUGGCCGGCUGACCGUGGCUCCAGGGCAGCACGCGCUCGAUCUGUCCCAUCUCCACCUCACCGACGCCGGUCUGCACGUGUUAGUGCACGGUCUCGCCGAGUACCUGGCGUUUGAAGUCGUUCAACACUUAACGUUAGCUAACAAUGUCCUGCAUCAUAUACCGACGCCAACGUUGGCACAAUUUCCCAACACCCGGCUCUUGUCAAUGCGUGGAAAUUCUUUCACAGAACUGUCCGCCGAUUCGAUUAUUUACUCCAAACUAGCCUCGUUGCCGAUGCUCCGGGUGCUGGAUCUCCAGAACUGUAGUCUGCGAAUAAUUCCGUUAGAUUUUUUUGAAGGCACCCCGAAUCUACAGUUCCUGUUUCUGGCGCGCAAUCGCAUCACGACGCUGCCGGUCGAAGUGUUCCUUCCGCUCCGGAGCCUCACCCAUUUGGACCUUUCGAACAUGGACACGAAGCGCUACGGAGAGGAGCGCAUAGAAAAUCCUUUCAUGAAGCUGAUUGCGGGGCUGGAUUUGCACCACAGCGUGUUCUCACCGCUCGCCAAUCUGACGUUUCUCGAUCUGUCCAACACACGGCUAGAGUUUCAGGCGUUCAUUGCGCUCCGGUCCAUCAAGAACAAUGUCCGGUACGUCAGCUACUGUAACAUCGGGCUGCCGGCCAUCGUUGACUAUCUGUUUCUCUCGCGAUCCAUCGAAAUGCUCGACAUUUCGUACAAUGUCGGUGUGGCACAGACCCUGCAUGGGCGUAGCUUUGGCCUUCUGCGCAACACGCUGGAGGUGCUGUACUUUAAGGAUUCGAUGGUGCAGCAGCUGAGCUGGCUGGCACCGCUACAAAGGCUACGGGUGUUGAACCUGCGCGGCAACAUAAUCCGUUCGCUGCACCGUGAGGACUUUGUCGGUCUUACCAAGCUGGAAGAGCUCGAUCUGAGCUACAACUACAUAUCGGCGUGGAACCAGCAGAUCCUCACGUACACCGGCGCCCUGCGGAGUGUGAAUCUGCGUAACAACAGCAUCGUGAUCUUGACCACCGAUAUGCUGCACGAUUUCUCGCACCUCCAGGACAUGGGCCUGGGCGGAAACACGAUCCAGUGUUCUUGCAACUACCUCAAGUUUUUGCGCCACACCCUGCACAAUGGCAGUGAAACGCCCGGCUUCUAUGUGAUCUCGGCUGAGCCGCUGUACGCGGACCAGAACGCCCCGGGGACGCUGGCUUCGCUGCAGCACGUCAAACUGUUCGAUUACGACGAGACGGAGUACUUCUGCAUGAAUUUCACCAGCAACCAGAAACUGGAUCCUUUGGAGCUGCCCGACUGUGUACUAGCCGACGGUGACGAUGAGCUGAGUGAGACGGGCACACCGGAGGAGUUGACGGCUGAUGCAACCGAGAACGAUGCGCUAGUGUACGUCUUCAUCGCCGUGGCGGUCACUCUGAUCGUGGUGGGUGCGGUCGCACUGUUCUACUACUGGUUUCACAUCAAAUACUUCUUUACGAUCCUCAAAAACUCGGCCAUACUGAGCUUCUUCAACGACGAGCACCUGUACCUGGACAAAAAGGGAUUGCUGAACGAUGGCGAGUUUCAUUACGACGUGUUCGUGAGCUACAGCAAUGCGGAUCGCAAGUGGGUGCUCGAUUAUCUUCUGCCCAACAUGGAGGGCGUGAGCCAGAUCAACCUGUGUCUGCACGAGCGGGACUUUGAGGUUGGCUACGGAAUUCUGGAGAACAUAAUAUCCUGUAUGGAUCGUUCACGCUGCUUGAUGUUGAUAGUGUCGGAAAGCUUUCUACUAAGCCACUGGUGCCAGUUUGAGAUGCACCUGGCACAGCAUCGCUUACUGGAAACGCGGCGAGACGAGCUAAUACUGGUGCUGCUGCAGGAUAUUCCGCGGCGCAAGUGCCCGAAAACGCUCAGCUAUCUGCUGAAAACGAAGACCUACAUCAAAUGGCCAACGGGUUCGGCCACCGAGCAGGCCUUGUUUUGGAAGCGGCUCCACAAAUCGUUGAUGGUUUCAAAGUGUUAGGCUGCGUUCACUACGCUCGGCGGGUGUAUGAACGCAGCCAGUCGUUAGUGUUUCAUAUUGCAUACA